CACUCUCUGGUUCUCUUUCGUUCUCUCUCCCCUUUUCCACUCCAUCUGUCUGACUUUGUUGGAUGAUAUACUGAAGAACCUUCUGGGAAUAUCAAAUCAUUAACCUGGAGGACAAGUAUAUCGCCUUUGUAUGCAAUUGUUCUAUAGGACCUGUAAGAAAUUGGCACACUGCUUUGAAGAUUCUUUAUUAAAGUAUCAAAAAGGAUUCACAUGUGAUGUGGACAGCAUGUGGUGUGAAGUGAUGAAUAAAAUGAGGAUGAUUAAGAGUUUAACCUUGAAAACGGUGUUCUUUGGACUGUUGAACAUUAAAUAGACCAAAAUGGAGCUACAGAAAAUGUCAAACGGUCACCAUGAUCUCAGCCCUGAAAAAAUCACCCUGGAGAGCGAAUUUGAUGGUCUUGAAAACAUGAUGGCAUUGGGUGAUACAUUCCUUACCAAUAAGAGCAAUGGAAAGAUAGAGACUCAGUUUACAGAUUUUGAGGGAAAGACUUCGUUUGGAAUGUCUAUUUUCAACCUCAGUAAUGCCAUUAUGGGCAGUGGAAUUCUGGGAUUGGCUUAUGCCAUGGCCAACACCGGAAUCAUUCUUUUUAUAAUCCUAUUAAUAUCAAUUGCUCUGCUGUCUGCUUACUCCAUUCACAUUCUUCUGAAGAGCGCUGGAGUUGUUGGGAUCCGUGCAUAUGAACAGCUUGGGUCCCGUGCAUUUGGUCCACCUGGGAAAGUCUUAGCAGCGUGUAUAAUAACAUUGCAUAACAUUGGAGCAAUGUCCAGUUACCUCUUCAUUGUGAAGAUAGAGUUACCUUAUAUUAUUCAGGGUCUUAUGGGGAUACCAGACAACAACCAGUGGUAUGUUGACGGGAGGUAUCUCAUCAUCUUUGUUAGUGUCUUUGUCAUUCUUCCAUUGGCAUUCAUGAAACGGCUUGGGUAUCUGGGAUACACCAGUGGCUUCUCCCUCAGCUGCAUGGUCUUCUUCCUCAUAUCUGUGAUCUACAAGAAGUUUGUCACAGAGUGUUCUAAAGAACACGGCAAUAUCGAAACUAUGCUCAACCAAACUUUGUUUGACCAAACCAUAUACAACUCCACCUCUGACAUAUGUGAAGCUAAACUUGUCACUUUCAACCCACAGACGGCUUUUACCAUUCCCAUUAUUGCGUUUGCAUUUGUAUGUCACCCUGAAGUGCUGCCCAUCUAUACAGAACUCAACAAGCCAACCAAGCAACGCAUGCAAAAUGUCGCUAAUAUCUCUAUCACGGCCAUGUUUGUCAUGUACCUGCUGACUGCCAUCUUUGGCUACCUUACCUUCUAUAAAAGUACGGAUUCAGAGCUUCUGAAGAUGUACAGCAAAACAGACACACUGAUGCUGUGUGUUCGGUUGGCUGUGCUGGUGGCAGUGACACUGACCGUCCCUGUCGUUCUUUUUCCGAUCCGCCGUGCUGUCCUGCAGCUUUUAUUCUCUGAUAAGCCCUUCCACUGGGUACGUCACAUUUCCAUUGCUGUGUUUCUCCUCUUUGUCGUCAACCUGCUUGUCAUCUUCGUGCCCAACAUUCGUGACAUCUUCGGCUUUAUCGGUGCUACAUCUGCUCCCAGCCUUAUUUUCAUUCUGCCGGGAUUAUUUUACAUCCGCAUAGUCCCUGAAGAACAGGAGCCAUUGAAAUCACGACCAAAGAUCCAGGUGAUUACAUUUGUGAUAGUGGGUUUCAUCUUCAUGAUUAUGAGCAUUACGUUCAUCAUAGUGGAGUGGGUGACAGGAAGGAAGACCAUGGGUGGCCACUGACAGAGCUGACAGAGCAACAGAAGUCAAGAACCUGAAGACCAGAUUCUAACAGAACACACACUGUAAAAGCUGUAACCUCUGAACCAGUACAGCAACUGCAACCCUCUAAAAAUAACUGUCAGACCUGUGGAGCAGUGGUUGUGCCCAAGGCGGUGAUCCCUAAGAGCUGUACGUCUAAAUUCAGUUUUUACAUGACAGAUAUCAAAUCAGAUAACUCUUAAUUUCAGUGAAUCCAGAAUAAGAUGGUCUUCAAGGAAACUAGUUACCAGGCUUAACAAUCCAAAGCAGCAACAAUGUACACACGCUCUUGACACGUUAGUGCCAUAAUGUUCGUGCAUGUGAUGUAGGACAGUGCCCCCUCUCUCUACCCAAUAAUUUGAUGUUGUAAUUUUUUUUUCCUUCCUAUUUCUGCACCAAUAAGGAGCUCAUACACACAGUACUGUGCAAAAGUUUUAGGCAUUUGUGAAAAAUGUUGCAUAGUGAGGAUGUCUUCAAAAUUAAUGCCAUAAAUAGUUUUAAUUUAUCAAUUAACAUCAUACAAAGUUCAGUAAACAUAAGAAAAAAAGAAAAGCUGAGUCAAUAUGUGGUGUGACCACCUUUACCUUCCAAAUAGCACCAAUUCUACCAACACCUGGACACAGUUUUUCUUGGUUGUUGGCAGAUGGGAUGAUCCAAGCUUCUUGAAGAACUUGCAACAGUUCUUCUGUCUGUUUAGUCUGCCUCAGUUGCUUCUGUCUCUUCGGGUAAUCCCAGACUGACUCAAUGAUGUUGAGAUCUGGGCUCUGUGGGGGCCAUAUCUGUUGUAGGGGUCCUUGUUCUUCUUCUAUUCAAUUUGUAAGUUCGAAUCCAGGGCGUGCUGAGUGACUCCAGUCAGGCUUCCUAAGCAACCAAUUUGCCCGGUUGCUAGGGUGAGUAGAGUCAUGUUGGGUUAACCUCCUCGUUGUCGCUAUUUUGUGGUUCUCGCUCUCGGUGGGGGCGUGGUGAGUUGUGCGUGGAUAAGCCUCCACACGCGCUAGGUCUCCGUGGUAACGUGCUCGACAAGCCACGUGAUAAAAUGCGCGGAUUGACGUCUCGGACGCAGAGGCAACUGAGAUUCAUCCUUCACCACCCGGAUUGAGGCGAGUCACUAUGCCACCAUGAGGACCUAGAGUGCAUGGGAAUUGGGCAUACCAAAAUUGGGGAGAAAAAUAAAUAAAUAACAAUUUUAAGACAUAAAAUGUAAUGCGCCUAAAACUUUUGCACAGUACUCUAUAUAUAAAUAUAUAGUAUUAAAACUGGUUUUAACUACACAGUUAUUGGUGUUUUUAAACAACACAUAACUUCUCUGAAAAUGUGAUUAAAUAUUAUGCAAAUAUUAUCCUUUUUUUUCUACCUCUGAGGAGUUUAACAGUGACCGUUAGAGUUGUUUUGUUUUGUUUAAUUUGAUCAUAGUGCAUGUGAGUUUUUGUGAACUGUGUUCUGUCGAUCCUCAUAUAUAUUAUAUUAUUUAAAUAGGAAAAUUUACAGUUUUAUUUUGAAUUUAUGCAUUGUCCUUCAGAACAAUAUCUGAAGUAAUUUUUUGUUUUGUUACACCCAUUAAACAAAUUAAAUGUACAGAAUGAGGGAGUCAUAUUUCUGUAGCUGUACAUGUUUUCAUCACUCAAAAUAUACAAUACAUUUACUCUGUUUUAGAGAGAAGGCAGAAUGCAUUGUCUGAAUACUAAUCCUGUAAUAUUCAAAGACAAUCUAAACACUUUUUUUUCAUGUUGAGUGUAAUUUUGUAUGUUGGAAAUGUCGUUUAACAUCAUCAAAAUGUAGAAUACUUGUAAUACACUUAAAAAUUUGUGGCUUGCUUGUUUGUUUCUGGUUUGCAUAGUUAUUUUGUCUUUUAGUGUCAUUAAAAUUCCACUCCUGAAAUGGACCAGACGGCAAAAAAUUCUGGGUAACACUUCAUGUAAAGGUCACCACAACAUUAUGUGGCAUAGGUGCAAAUAGCCAUACGCUUCCAUAAAUGUUUAUGUGUUCAUAAUUUAUGCACAUAUCUGUCUGUCCUCAUCAGUAUCUGUGAGUUUGUACAUACCAGGAAUAAAAGUGGCCCCUGUUUGACCUGAAAAAACAUUUUCAUAAAAAAAUGAAAAAUAAAGUUUGUGCUUGUUUUUGUAUAGUCUUUUCAUGUACAUAUUGUGAAAUGGUGAACAAACGUUCUAUGAAUUAUUAUGCUACAUGUACAUCUGCUUGUCAUUAUAUGUACAUAUUUUACUUUUAUUUAGCUCUAAUUGGACCUGAAUGUAAGAAAUAUGAAAUAUGUAAUUCUCAAUGGAGCAAUAAUUUGUGCAAAGCUUAUAAAGUGGUUCAAAUCAUUUCACAUGAUUAUUUUUUCAAAGUGCCUAAAUUUGAAAGAGAUUCUUGCAUUUGACUUGGAUUUAUGUUCAGAAACCUUUUAUAGUCGAAUACAUUUCUCUCUGACUUUUAACUAAUAAAGCUGAAAGACUAUUAAAUGUUUAAA